UGGCACUCUCUAAUACAAGUAUUAAGUGGUGUUAAGGUCUUCUGCCGAAUACACAUUUCCCCACUCACUCAGAUCACCUUAAACACCCAUUAAUCAUACUUAAUUCGCAUAGACAUUCUUCAGAUGUUUAUGGUGCCUGUACUUGGGGAAUGAGACAGUUGGCUUAAAUCUGUGAAUAGGACACUUUUAAUGUCAAAAUAAACCAUCUGGCCCUGCAAGUGUUUCUAAUUACUUCCCAGCCUAGACUGUAAACUUUGGGGUUUGGCACUAGCCUCUCUCCUAGAGUGCUGCCCAAAUCCAGCUUCCAGGCAGCUAAUCAAAGGCACUUGCAGCACCGAGGGAAGCAGCUUUGGAGCCGGUUUUGGCCAGCUCGGAGCUUUGCAGACCUAGAGAGGGUCUGUCUGGCUGUGGGACUCUAGUAGAGUGCUGCAAACUGCCUGGGAUCUGAACAUGUACGCUCAGGGGCUCCUCAAACUGGUGCUGCUGCUGGCUGCUUCGCUUCUGAGUCUGCUGCCAGCGCUUCCACCUACUUUCUCCCUGUCCCUGCGGAGCACCUCUACCAAUGCUUCCUCAUGCCGACUCUCUCGGGCUGAGUCAGAGCUCAGGUGUCGUACGCCAGGAGGGAAGCUAUGCAAUGGCAGAGGCCAAUGUAAUUGUGGUGUCUGCAUCUGCCGAGUGACUGAGCCAGGGAAAUACUAUGGACCCCUGUGUGAGUGCCACGACUGGGUGUGUGACACUUAUGAUGGCAAGAUUUGUGCAGGCCAUGGGAAGUGUGACUGUGGGAAGUGCAAAUGUGAUGAAGGCUGGUAUGGUGAAGCUUGUCAGUACCCAACUACAUGCAAUGUUACAAGGAAGAAAAGCAAUGAAAUGUGCAAGAAUUCUCAAGAUAUCGUGUGCUCUAAUGCAGGCACAUGUCAAUGUGGCAGAUGUAAGUGUGAAAAUUCUGAAGGGACUGGUCUGAUCUAUGGUAAAUUUUGUGAAUGUGAUGACAGAGAAUGCAUAGAUGAUGAGACUGAAGAGAUCUGUACAGGCCAUGGAAAGUGUUACUGUGGAAACUGUUACUGUGAGGCUGGUUGGCAUGGAGAUAAAUGUGAAUUCCAGUGUGACAUCACCCCCUGGGAGAUCAAGAGAAGAUGCACAUCUCCAGAUGGCAAAAUCUGCAGCAAUAGAGGCACAUGUGUGUGUGGUGAAUGCACAUGCCAUGACGUUGACCCAACUGGUGACUGGGGAGAUAUUCAUGGAGAUACCUGUGAGUGUGAUGAAAGGAACUGCAAAGCUGUCUAUGACAGAUAUUCUGAUGACUUCUGUUCAGGUCAUGGACAAUGUAACUGUGGAAGAUGUGACUGUAAAGGAGGAUGGACUGGAAAAAAGUGUGAACAUCCGCGUUCUUGUCCGUUAUCAGUUGAAGAAAGCACUAAGAAAUGCCGAGGGAACUCUAAUUUACCAUGCUUUGGAAGAGGGAAAUGCGAAUGUGGCCAAUGCACUUGUUUCCCUCCAGGAGACAGCCGAGUUCAUGGUAAAACAUGUGAAUGUGAUGAUCGACAGUGUGAAGAUAUGGCUGGCAAUGUCUGUGGGGGCCAUGGCACCUGCUCUUGUGGUCAAUGUAUUUGUGGAACUGGAUGGUUUGGAAACUUGUGUCAGCAUCCAAGGAAGUGUAACAUGACAGAGGAAGAGAGCAGAAGUUUGUGUGAAUCAGCAGAUGGCAUAUUGUGCUCAGGAAAGGGUUCCUGCCACUGUGGAAAGUGCAUCUGUUCACCCCAGGAAUGGUAUAUUUCAGGGGAAUUCUGUGAAUGUGAUGACAGAGACUGCGACAAACACGAUGGUCUCAUUUGCACAGGCAAUGGUGUAUGUAGCUGUGGGAACUGUGAGUGCUGGGAAGGAUGGAAUGGAAAUGCAUGUGAAAUCUGGCUUGGGACAGAAUACCCUUAACUACAACAAAGAACAUCAAGGACUAAGGGUUGUUUCAUGUGUUUUGUUUGUUUGUUUUUUAGGCUGCUAGAACACGUAAAUGCAAGGCGAACGACAUAGAGCAACCACUAGAAAUACUCAGACUACAUCUGUAUUUCAGAGCACCCUACCAAGGGCCUGCUUCUGUUCCUAAAGAUGCCCAUGACAAAUCUAAUAUUGCUUCAAUGGGAACAGAAUUUGGCCAUAAAAUACUUAUGGUUGUUAGCCCAAACCCUAUUGGAGUUCAUGGGAAUUUUGCUUGUAGUCAAAUGUUUAUAGUGAAAUUAAAAUCAGUCUUAAAGAGUGCUUGAUGGAAGUAGCACAAAAGCAGUUUUUUUGCAUAAUCUACUUUUUCCAAUCUCAGUGUUGCUACAUAAUGACAUUAAGAAAAAAGAAUAUAGUUGAAUAUUUGGCAAAAACAAUUCUGAUGAAUUUGAUAGUGUUUGUGAAAUAUUUCAUUUGACCUUUGAUUCCCUUCUAUUUAUUCUGAUUAUGUCAGGGCUCCAAUAACAAGAGAAGCUGUAAGUUGCUCAUCAAAACCUUAAUGCUUUUAAUUUUUGUCUGAGAAUCAUAUUUGUCUAACUGAGAUUUAAAUAACUAUCUGCCACAUACAGUAGAUCAAUGACAGAAGUUACGACACCUGAUCCCAUUGCUAGAACAGAGCACAUUUUUUAAACACACAAUUUUGUGGCUUCUGUGUCAGUAAGCUGGUUAUUUAGUCUUCAUACUCCAAUACUCUGAAAUGCAUAUUCUUUAAGAUUAUAAAAAAAAAUUAAAAACAGAGAAGAUAAACUGUAUGAUUUGCUAUUUUGAAUAAAUAUAUUAACUUGUAUGUACUUUCAUCAUACUGUUUUAUGUAUGUUCACUUAUCUAGUAAUCUUAAAAGUAAAGCAAAUUAAACGUUAACUUUUAGGAUGCCAAUUCUGUAUUCUAUUAGGACUUGCUGCUUAGGAACAGAUUACACUGUCACGUGGUAUCCAUUGAAUUUCACUAUUUUUGUGCAAAGUGGGAGUCGAAAGGUCAACUGAAUUGGAAAGUCAGUUAUUUAGUAUGGAAGACAGGAGUCAGCCAAACACACUCAGAGGAUGGCAAAAAAGUAUAUAUGUUUUAAAACAGUAAAUACAAACAAUGCAGUGGAAUGAACAAACUUUUUAUUUUUUUUCCAGUGGUGAAAUGCUCAGUGUGAAAUUCACAUUGAAUUAUGAAAAAAAUGCACAAGUGUUGGGACUUCCCUAAUUUAUUUACAUUUCCUUUUCUUUUUUGUACAUGUAAAUUUGGCAGCCCUUGAAUUUUUCAGAGCAAAAAAAAAUACAUAUAUUUUCUUUUCAAAAGUUAGUGAUUACAUCUCAAAAGUAUGACUAAGCAAUAAAAAGACUUCAAUGUUUCUUUUAAUAUCAAACUGUAAUACUGUGUUGUGAAUUAGGGAUCAUGGUUCAGUCUGUUAGAGAGAUGCAGGACUCAGAACGAAGGAACCUGGUUUUCAGCUGAAAAAAUGUAUUUCCAUCAUGACACUAGAAAUUUAUUUUCUUAUAGAAAGGAUUCAGAUGAAAUAGGAAAAGACAACAGUACAGAGCACAUAAUAGUUAUAAGCAUGAAAACGUUUAAUGCAGUGACUGAAUAGUCUUCAACACAUUUUCAUUCUGUUCUCACUUUUAUUUUGUUCCCAUUCUUUAUCUUACCUGAUCAUCUUUUUUUCUAAAAGAAAAAAGAAGACAAAGAAGAAGAGGAAGAAAUGCCACUUCUCAGGGAGACAACACAGUCACCUCAAAAAGUCUUUGCAUAACACCAGUGUACUGAAAAAAAACAACAACCCAAAGCUGCUAUUGUUAGGGAAUAAAGCAGAGUUCUAAAAUGUAUUCAUACAGUAUAAAGAAAAUUUAAAGUAAAAUAAAUAUUGAAAAAAUAGUUGGGAUUUUAUAGCUCUAAUCUUCAAAUUGUGUAGAGAGUAACAGGACUGACUAUAUGUAUUUUAAUAUAUAUGCAUUUUACCAACCCUGGUCUUUUGAAUUGGUGAACACAAGCUUGUUGGUUUUAUUUAUUCCUGAAAGUACUACAGCUCUAAACCUCUUAUAAUAAUCAAUGUCUUAUGGAUGUGGGUGCUUCUACUGAGUCAAAAUUUUAAGGCUGAAGGCAUAAUUAACUUCCUUCCUUCCAUUUGUAUGCAGUACUGAUCAUAGAAAAUAGACAAUUAAUAUUAUUUACCAAGAUCUAAUAGAUGUUUUGACUGGUUUGUUUCUAUUACACACAGAGAUAUGUAAGUACACUAGAUAGGCAUGAUAUGUCAAGUACUACAUUGGAUUGGAAAAGAUGUUCCUAAUUGGUAUUACAGGCUGUAAAUUACCGAAUAUCUCAUUGUCAUAUAUAAUGUUUGAUGUAUUUUACUUAGUGAUUUGGGUUAUACUUUUCCUUUAAGUUUGUAAACUAAAACAAAUGUAAGUAAUUCUUAUGUCUAGUAGGAAAAGUUUAAAACAUUUUCCCAACUAGUUCAUUUUUAAGUUUUAGGGACCGGGUGGAUCAUAUAACCUUAGUAUUUCAAAAAGUCUUAUCUGAACUGUUUGAUAAAGCAAGUAACUACAGGGAAAUAUUUUUAGAAAAUGUUGACAGAGUAACUAUGGUUAAUUAGAAUGUAAAUUAUGAAAGUAACACUGUACUAUAUGCCUUUACAAUGUUUACAAAGACUACUAAAAUUGAAAUGGAUAUCUUUUUACCUUUACAA